UUUUGGCGUUUUAUGGUUGUCAGCAGUAGCUCGUGAAACGGGUGUAGGUUCUCUGUUUAACCUAUAUUCUCACUAUGUAUCAAUAAUUACAAAAUUUAAAAUAAUUGUAAUUAUUAAUAAAAAAAAACUAAUUUUAUGCUACAAGCCUUUUAUUUUCCCCAGUUAGCUUAUUCUUUAUGAUUAUAUAAAUAUAAAUAUUCACAACAAUAAAUUUCUCUAGCUGAUGGCAAUGUUGAAGUUCAUUAAAAAUAUCCAUUAUGGCUCAAAUAAAUCUUUAUCAAGGUCGAAUUCGUGGUUUAUGCCGAAUUAUCAAAUGAUUUCGCUCUGCUCCAGUACUGCUUCUGCAAGCCAGCCACGAAUUGACAAGGUGAAUCAAGAAAAAGUUGAAUCUUCAGAGACAUUUAAGAAUAAACCACCAAGUUCAUCUUACUCUAUGACUAAUUUUGUAUUUGAAAGUCUUAAAACUGAUCUAUCAAGUGAUAAAUCUAAACAAGUAUUCAAUGCAAAGACGGUAGAAGAUUUAUUAAAAAUAUCUGAAGCUGAGAAUAUCAGCAAUAAAUCUAUCUUACUUAUUGCUACUACUCUUAAUCGAUGGAUUUCAGAGAAAAAAAUAGUAUUGGCUGACUACGAAAAAGAUCCUAGAUUUCAAAAAGUAGUGCGAAAAAGUGCAAAUAUGAAUCGUGAUGUACCUCAAAAAAGAACUCCUUUUAAUCCCAACGAGAUUGAUAACAUUAUGGAUACUUCUAAUUUAACACCAGAUCAAAGUGUUAGACUGCUGAGUGGUUUAGCCGUAAAACAUACAAGAAUGAAACCUCUCAUACAAUCUCUACUUACUAUUAUCAACAAUAAUGUUGAUAAACUUACAUUAAAACAGACUGCAGAUGUUCUCUUUUCUAUGGCAUCACUUAGCUUUCCUCAUGAUGAGCUUCUACGAAAAAUAUGUACAAAAAUUUCAAAAUGUGUGGAUGAAAUUGAGCAAAGUCCGAUUAUUGGAUCAAUAGUGACGUCUCUUGGAAUGAUGAGAUAUCGGAAUAAAGAGUUAAUGAAUACAAUUUCUAUUUGGAUCAUGAAACAUAAAGAUAUCGUUAGAACUCGAGAUGCAUGUUCUUUUCUUCUAACUCUUGCUGUUCUUGGAUUAAAACCUUCUAACUUUGAUGUUUUUAUCCAGGAAUUAAUAGCACCUCUAAAUAUAACUGAUAUGACUACUUCUUUAGAAUGGAUAGAUGUAGUGUGGGCUUUGAGUAUUUUAAAUCGAGCGUCUCCGCAGCAUUUGGAAUCGGUAUUAAAUAAUCAAUUCAUUAGCAUGCUGCCAGUUGAUGAAGAAAUUCCUUUUGUGAGAAAAUCUAAAUUACAAAAUAUCAAUUCUGUUGCUAAAUUAUUAACACCUGAUUAUAAAGGAUCAUUUUUAAACUAUAAAUCACCAUUAUUUAUUUCUCCACAAACAAAAAAUAGAGAAAAGCAAACAUUUAUUCGGGCGAUAACAGAUGCUCUUGCGAAUCUGUUUCCAUCGAGAGAUUUCUUUGAUGCUAAUUUUAUGGAUGAUGCAGGAUUAAUGAUAGAUGUAAUAUUUUAUUAUGAUAAGAAGAAAGGACCGAUACCAGUGACAGAGGGAACUGUGAAUGAAAAAGCUAUUAGAAUAGCAGUAAUAGCAAAUACAUUUCACGAUUACUGCAUAGGUGAAAAAAGUUUAGUAGGAUCGGUACUAUUACAUUAUCGAUUACUCCAAGCACAAGGUUAUCAAAUAAUUGAUAUAUCUUAUGAAGAUUUUAAUUCUACCGAUAAAUUACUUAAAAGAAUAACUUAUAUGAAUGAUCGUAUUAAAUCAGUUGUAAAAAACGUGAUGUAGAAGACAUUGUUUCUGUAAAUUAAAUAAA